AUGCCCAAGCAAACAGCAGUGACGAUUACUUUGGCGACCCUGCUGGGUGUCGCAGUGGGGGGCCUGGUUUUGUGGAAGGCAACCCAGCGUCGGAAAGGAAAAGCAUGUUGUAGUAGUCAGAGAGAGGAAGCAGUUACAGACUUGGGAGAUGAGAAACUGAUUAAGGCAGAGGAUAAGGAGGUGCUUUCCUUCUUCAGAUCCCCCACCUUUUCCUGGGUAGAGAGGACCCUUGGUGCAGACAUAGUGAUAGUUUCAGAGCAGGAGGAGUGGGAUCGUGUUGAGCCCUUGCUGAAGAAGGAGCUGGAGAACUGGCCAGUGCUUGGAAUUGACUGUGAGUGGGUAUCUGUGGAGGGAAAAGCGAAUCCUGUGUCCCUCCUACAGAUGGCUUCUUCUAGUGGCCUCUGCAUUCUUGUUCGGUUGCCCAGGCUUGUUGCCAGUGGACAGACUAUCCCAAAGACCCUGUUGGACAUCAUGGCAGAUAGUGCUGUGUUGAAAGUUGGGGUAGGAUGCUGGGAGGAUGCUUGCAAGUUACUUCAUGAUUAUGGUCUUCCAGUCAAAGGGAGUGUGGAUCUCCGCUAUUUAGCCAUGAGACAGCGGAAGGAUCUACUUCACAACUGCCUUAGCCUUAAGUCUUUAGCCGAAAAAGUCCUGAACUGCCCACUUGACAAGUCUCCUCAUGUGCGUUGCAGCGACUGGGAGGCAGAAGAGUUGACACAAGAUCAGGUUCUCUAUGCUGCUAGGGAUGCCCAGGUCUCAGUGGCUGUGUUCCUCCACUUGCUGGGAUUUGCCAGCCUCCCUGCUAUAUCUGAAGUUGAAAACUCUGUCGCUGCUUGGGAAAAAGCACUGGGUAAAUGCCGGGGCUUGGUGGAUGUCCCAUUUAGGGGAAGAAAGAGUGGCAGCACUGGAGAGGAGAAGAGUGGAGAGGGACGCUCCCCUCAGAAAACAAAGAAUCGGAAAUCUUCGGUAAAUGGCCAGACCUCUGGCAGUCAACAAGUGAGAGAUCCACGGAGGCAGAAGCGAAAGCCGCUGGGUGUGGGAUAUUCUGCACGAAAAUCUCCACUGUAUGACAACUGCUUCCUGCAUGCACCAGAUGGACAACCCCUGUGCACUUGUGAUCGCAAGAAAGCUCAGUGGUAUCUGGACAAGGGGAUUGGAGAUCUAGUUAGCACAGAACCAUUUGUUGUGAAGCUGCGGUUUGAGCCUUCAGGACGUCCUGAGUCUCAAGUUGAUUAUUAUCUGACAGUCAAAGAGAACCUGUGUGUUGUAUGUGGCAAGCGAGAAUCCUAUAUCCGGAAGAACAUUGUUCCUCACGAAUACCGAAGACACUUCCCCAUCCAGAUGAAGGACCACAACUCUCAUGACGUGCUGCUACUCUGCACAUCCUGCCAUGCCAUCUCCAAUUACUAUGACAACCAUCUCAAGCAGCAGCUGGCUGAGGAGUUUCGUGCCCCCAUCGGCUCUGAGGAAGGCGUGCGUCUGCUGGAGGACCCUCUGCGCAGGCAAGUGCGUUCGGGGGCCCGAGCCCUGCUGAAUGCAGACAGCCUGCCUGACCCCCGAAGGGCAGAACUUCUGCAAAGCAUCAAGGACUUCUUUAACACGGAGGCAGUCACCCCAGAGAUGCUUCAGGAAGCAGCUGGUUUGGAAACCAGGAUCUGCAAUGAGAGCUACAUGCCACAUGGACUGAAGGUGGUGCAGUGUUUUGCUAAAGGAGGCCUGCGCUCCCUUAUGCAGUUGGAGAGACGCUGGCGGCAGCAUUUCUUGGACAGCAUGCAGCCCAAGCACCUCCCAGAGCAAUGGUCAGUCGACCAUAACCACAUGAAGCUGAUCCGAAAGUAUGGAGAGGAUCUUCAGAUCGAGCUGUCGUGAAACUAACUUCCUGGACGCUAGAUAGUGUCUAAUGGACAUACAUAACUGAAGGUGGAAGGACUGGUUUUUAUUUCUAUGUUUCCGCUAACAUCUGGGCCUGGGUUUGCAAAUCUGGCAGAUUUGGCGUUUUAUAGAGUUAAAUCUGCUGAUUUGAAUUUUCAGGUGGUUUGGAAUUUUUAAUCCUAGGCUGUCACUGACUAGUUCAGUGCAAGACUGAUACACUAAGGGAACUUGUCUUCUCAAGGUGACUAUGGAGAGUUAUUUUCUAACCCCCAGGAUGGCUGAUGCCUCCAGACCAUCUCUCUUAACACAGAGCAUGACAUAUGAACGUUUCCAGGUUUUCCAAGAGAUACAUCUGCACCCUUCGCUGCAC